UUGGCUGGUAAAGUCGAUUAACAACUUUUUGAAAUCAAAAUGUGCCACCAGGCAAUAACUGAAAAAAAAAAGAUAAUUAAAAAAACUGAAAAACUAACGAAAGGCCACCAAAAGGUAACCGUUCAAACUGUAGUUCCAAAAAAGUAGGCUUCCUUAAAUCUAGAAUGUCAACGCAGUCGUUAACUGUAUCGUCAACCACUUUUUAUUCCUCGAAUCUUCUUCAUCCUUCCUGUACUCUUCCUUCUCAAUUCAUUACUUUGCCUUUCUAAAACCAUCCAUCAAUAUUGUUAACAUAUUAAAACGUUCGUUCUCAACACACCAACAACAAACACACUUUCCUCGUACAUGUCUGCCUGUUGCGUAGGCUGUUUUGUCGGUCUAGGUUGUCUCCGGUGGGGCUGGAAACGUUGCACCCACACCGGCGCCGACGACAGCGCCACAUGGCCAAGCGCCACCGCCGUCGACUUCGAACCAGUCCCACACCUCUGCCGCAUCACCCUCGCAGUAUACGAGGAAGACAUCCACCACCCCCAGUUCCCCCCUGUCGGCGGCUACAGACUAAACCCAGAUUCCGUAUUCAAGCGCGUCACAUACCAACAAACCCAAGGCCACGCGCCUCCCUACCUCAUCUACGUGGACCACACACGCCGUGAAAUAGUAACUGCCAUCCGCGGCUUGAAUUUGAAAAAGGAAAGUGAUUACAAGAUGUUGUUGGAUAAUAGAUUGGGGAAACAUAUGUUUGAUGGAGGGUAUGUGCACCAUGGGUUGUUGAACUCCGCGGUUUGGUUGUUGAAUGCGGAUUCCGAGAAUUUGAGGAACUUGUGGCUGGAAAAUGGGAGUUGUUAUAAGAUGGUGUUUGUUGGGCACUCGCUUGGUGCCGGUGUGGCCGCCUUGUUGACGGUGUUGGUGGUGAAUCAUAGGGAUAUGUUGGGUGGGAUUGGUAGAGAGAUGGUGAGGUGUUACGCGAUUGCGCCUACUAGGUGUAUGUCCCUUAAUCUUGCUGUUAAGUACGCUGAUGUUAUUUAUUCAGUCAUAUUGCAGGAUGACUUCUUACCUAGGACACCUACUCCACUUGAGGAUAUCUUUGAAUCAAUUUUCUGCUUGCCCUGCUUGCUAUUUAUGGUUUGCAUGAGGGACACAUUUAUACCCGAAAACAAGAAGCUCAGCGAUCCAAGAAGACUGUAUGCACCCGGCCGAUUGUACCACAUUGUCGAGAGAAAGUUUUGCAGGUGCGGAAGAUUCCCUCCUGAAGUCAGAACAGCAAUUCCCGUUGAUGGUAGAUUUGAACAUAUUGUGUUGUCGUGCAACGCUACGUCUGAUCACGCUAUCAUUUGGAUUGAAAGAGAAGCAGAAAAGGCUUUACAAUUAUUACAAGAGAAUAGUGGUGAAGCUGCUACAACGCCACCAAAAGUACAAAGAUUCGAAAGGAUACAAUCCAUCAAGAAAGAACACAAGGACGCGCUUGAAAGAGCGGUUAGCCUCAAGAUACCUCACGCGGUCAUGAUGAUGGACCCAGAGGAGGAGGAGACGCAACCGUUGACGAACACAACCGAGAAAGAUUACAACGAAGAGGAGUUGCCCUCAAAACAUAAGGUUGGGGUUGGGGAUGGCCCGAGUACAGAACUACCAGCCCCAGCUAACUGGAAGGAGUUAGUUGAAAGACUGUUGAGACACCCAAGCCAUGGAUCUUAAAACUCUCUCAAGUUUUGGAUUACUAGUUCUCAUUGUAUUUAUUUAUUUAUUUAUUUAUCAUGUUGUAUAUAAUAUCAUUUUUUGUAUAUAUAUAUUUUUUUUAUCAUUGUUGCCAAUUGAGAGAAAUAUUGAUGUAAA